GGAGCUGCUGGGGAGGCUCCAAGUUGGCGGAGCUUUCGGGACCCCCGGGCUCUUCGGCGGCCGCCCCAGGAGGGGCUGAGAGGCGAGCAGGGGAGGGGCGCAGCCCAGUCCCGAGCCCCGACCCCCUGCCCGCGGCGGCACCAUGCGUGCAGAGCCGGCGUGACCGGCACCGCCCGCAGCCUAGCCCAGCGCUCUUGCCGGCCACACGGAGCGGCGCCCAGGAGCUAUGAGCCAUGAAGCCGCCCGGCAGCAGCUCCCGGCGGCCGCCCCUGGCGGGCUGCAGCCUUCCCGGAGCCUCCAGCGACCCCCACGGCGGCCCCGCCGGCCCGGCGCCUGCCCGCACCCUGGCCCGCGCGCCGCGCUGCCGCCUGCUCCUCGUCCUGCUCUUGCUGCCUCCGCUCGCCGCCUCGUCCCGGCCCCGCGCCUGGGGGGCUGCUGCGCCCAGCGCUCCGCAUUGGAAUGAAACUGCAGAAAAAAAUUUGGGAGUCCUGGCAGAUGAAGACAAUACAUUGCAACAGAAUAGCAGCAGUAAUAUCAGUUACAGCAAUGCAAUGCAGAAAGAAAUAACACUGCCUUCAAGACUCAUAUAUUACAUCAACCAAGACUCAGAAAGCCCUUACCAUGUUCUUGACACAAAGGCAAGACACCAGCAAAAACAUAACAAGGCUGUCCAUCUGGCCCAGGCAAGCUUCCAGAUUGAGGCCUUUGGCUCCAAAUUCAUUCUUGACCUCACACUGAACAAUGGUUUGCUGUCUUCUGAUUAUGUGGAGAUUCACUAUGAAAAUGGGAAACCACAGUACUCUAAGGGUGGAGAGCACUGUUACUACCAUGGAAGCAUCCGAGGAGUCAAGGAUUCCAGGGCGGCUCUGUCCACCUGCAAUGGACUUCAUGGUAUGUUUGAAGAUGAUUCCUUUGUAUAUAUGAUAGAACCAAUGGAACUGAUUCAUGAUGAAAAAAGCACAGGUCGACCACAUAUCAUCCAGAAAACCUUGGCAGGCCAAUACUUUAAGCAAAUGAAGAAUCUCAGUAGAGAAGGCAGUGACCAGUGGCCCCUUCUAUCUGAAUUACAGUGGCUGAAAAGGAGACGAAAGAGAGCAGCAAAUCCAUCUCGUGGUGUGUUUGAAGAAAUGAAAUAUUUGGAACUUAUGAUUGUCAAUGAUCACAAAACGUAUAAGAAAUAUCGCUCCUCUCAUGCGCACACCAACAACUUUGCAAAGUCUGUGGUCAACCUUGUGGAUUCCAUUUACAAGGAGCAGCUCAAUACCAGGGUUGUCCUGGUAGCUGUAGAGACCUGGACUGAGAAGGAUCAUAUUGACAUCACCACCAACCCUGUGCAGAUGCUCCAUGAUUUCUCCAAAUACCGGCAGCGUAUCAAACAGCACGCGGACGCUGUGCACCUCAUCACGCGUAUGACAUUCCACUAUAAAAGAAGCAGCCUGAGCUACUUUGGAGGUGUCUGUUCUCGCACAAGGGGAGUUGGUGUGAAUGAGUAUGGUCUUCCAAUGGCAGUGGCACAAGUAUUAUCGCAGAGCCUGGCUCAAAACCUUGGAAUCCAAUGGGAACCUUCUAGCAGAAAACCAAAAUGUGACUGCACAGAAUCCUGGGGUGGCUGCAUCAUGGAGGAAACAGGGGUAUCCCAUUCCCGAAAGUUCUCAAAGUGCAGCAUUUUGGAAUACAGAGAUUUUUUACAGAGAGGGGGUGGAGCCUGUCUUUUCAACAGGCCAACAAAGCUAUUUGAGCCUACGGAAUGUGGAAAUGGAUAUGUAGAAGCUGGGGAGGAAUGUGAUUGUGGUUUCCAUGUGGAGUGCUAUGGCUUGUGCUGUAAGAAGUGUUCUCUCUCCAAUGGAGCCCACUGCAGCGAUGGGCCUUGCUGUAACAAUACCUCAUGUCUCUUUCAGCCACGAGGGUAUGAAUGUCGGGAUGCUGUGAAUGGGUGUGAUAUUACUGAAUAUUGUACUGGAGACUCUGGCCAGUGCCCACCAAAUCUUCAUAAGCAAGACGGAUAUGCAUGCAAUCAAAAUCAGGGCCGCUGCUACAAUGGCGAGUGCAAGACCCGGGACAACCAGUGCCAAUAUAUCUGGGGAACAAAGGCUUCAGGGUCUGACAAGUUCUGUUAUGAAAAGCUGAAUACAGAAGGCACCGAAAAGGGAAAUUGUGGGAAGGAUGGAGACCGAUGGAUCCAGUGCAGCAAACAUGAUGUGUUCUGUGGAUUUUUACUCUGUACCAAUCUUACUCGCGCUCCUCGUAUCGGCCAACUUCAGGGUGAGAUCAUCCCAACUUCCUUCUACCAUCAAGGCCGGGUGAUUGACUGCAGUGGUGCUCAUGUGGUUUUAGAUGAUGAUACAGAUGUGGGCUAUGUGGAAGAUGGAACGCCAUGUGGCCCCUCUAUGAUGUGUUUAGAUCGGAAGUGUCUACAGAUUCAGGCCCUAAACAUGAGCAGCUGCCCACUGGAUUCCAAGGGUAAAGUCUGUUCAGGCCAUGGGGUGUGUAGUAAUGAAGCCACCUGCAUCUGUGAUUUCACCUGGGCAGGAACAGACUGCAGCAUCCGGGAUCCAGUUAGGAACCUUCACCCCCCCAAGGAUGAAGGACCCAAGGGUCCUAGUGCCACCAAUCUCAUAAUAGGCUCCAUCGCUGGUGCCAUCCUGGUAGCAGCUAUUGUCCUUGGGGGCACAGGAUGGGGAUUUAAAAAUGUCAAGAAGAGGAGGUUCGACCCGACUCAGCAAGGCCCCAUCUGAGCCGGUGGCCCUGGAGGAGCAGCACCACGCGCUGCUGGGUUCCGGGUGUCACGUACUUGCCACGACGUUGCCGGAACUCCUCUGUAAACAAGAACACUGGGUGGUCAUGACUACAGAACUGAAGUUGGGAUGACAGGGAUGGGGCAAAAGAAAACCGUCCUUUUUGGAAACAAUUUCAAAGAACCCCUUCCACCACCACCUGUCAAUAAAUGGGGGCAAAAGACAAUGUUUUAAAAAGAACUAUUUCAGAAUUUUUUUUUCUAACUAAAGGAAGAAGGAACAACAAAAAAAUUAAGGGCAAUAAAAGAACCAUGAAAAAAUAGCAAAUGAUUUUUUUUCUUUCCUCAGCCUGCUGGCACUUAAUAUCUUAUAAAUGAUUUGGCAUGAUUUAUUUUUCUUUUCCUAUCAAUGACACACUCCAGUGGCAUGAAGAUCUAAUUUUCGAAAGGGUAAAAACUGCAUGGCAUAUAUACAACAAGCAGCUAGCAAGCCAAUCCGCAGCCAAACCUGCAACUGAAAUGCUAAAGUGAAGAUGACAGAUAAACACUCAGAAGCUGCCCGACCCCCACGCCCUAGUCUAGACCUGGCCAUGAGUAUCCCCACUGGCCUCUGCUCUUGUUCAUUCACUUUCCCAUUGUUUUUUCUCUUGGACUGAUCAUCUUUUGGAAAUGGGAGCUGGAAUUUGAAUAAUGAUGCUACUGUAUAGUUCUUUUAUAAAUGUAAAUAUGGAAAUAGAUUUUGACACGUCAUUUUCACUUGUCUGUAUGGAGAUAUUUUUCUUGUAAAGGUUCUCUGUAAAUUUGAGUUUGCCUUUUGCUCCCCAUCUUUCUGGUUUCUUUUCUCUUUUUCCGUCUCUGUCCUCUCUUUUAAGAUGUACAGUGAUUGUUGGGUUUGCUUACAAAAGACAGAUGCAGCUACAGAGGCAGGGAGUUUGGGCACAAAACAGGUGCAAAUGAACAAAACAGGUAAGAGUGAAAGACUUGAAUGAAAUAAAAUGUUUGAAACCAAAAACAAAGGGGGGGGGCACAAAUAAAAAAAAUAGCCCACAUUAAAAACACAAAAAUUAUGUAAAUGCAAAUGUAUUUCCUGACAAGUCUAUAAAUUUUUUUGAUGUCAUUAUGAACAUAUGUAUAUAAUGUAAGAAAGUAGACACCCUCUCAAAUUAAUCACAAAAGUGCCAAGCUCAUGAUUUUAGUUUUUGGUUUUGACAAUUUUCUUUCCCUGUCUUUAAUGUGAAAGGGGGAUAAACUUAAAGCCUUAAAUUAAAAAAAUAAUUUUUAAACGUUGAAAGUUUGGGAGAAAAGUUAAGCUUCCAUUUUGUUCAUUUCUAUUAUUGUUAAUAUUUCAUUUGUGCUUCCUCUGUAUAUAUAUGGUAAAUAUCUAGCUAGAUAUAUAUAUAUAUACACACACACACACAUAUAUAUGGUAGAACCCCACUAUAAAACUGAUAAUGGGAACAGAAGCCAGUCACCUCCUUGUGAACAUUGUUCUAAUGGGCUUUAAUUCUGUGUGCUCUGUUUUCAAAAAUCCUUAUUCAAACCCAUAAGUGUGUCUGGGAUUAUAAUGAAUUAUAAUGGGGUUCUAUGAUAUAUAAAGUCACCUUCUUUUCUCUCCAGGCAGAUUUGCAGGUGUAAUCUGGGUUCCCAGUUCCUCUGAGGUUACUUCACUUGCACUGAAUCUUCCAUGAAUGGACAAUAUAGCUUCUGGUCAAAUAUUUAAUAAAUACAGUUAGAGAAAUUUGGUCCAAGCUUCAUACUGAACGUAAAGACUUAUACAUGACCCCUCCAGUGAGCAUCUAUCUAGAGCCUUACUGAAGACCCCCAAGUAGCAGACCCCCUCUUUGUUAGGACUAGGACCUGCAAGUGUGCUAGUCACUGCUUCGCGACAGCCAAGCCAGAGGUUGGAUCUGACUUCUACCCCUUUUCAGCAAGAUUCGUCACACUAGUCUCAUAAGUUUUGCUUUGACUUUGAAAGGGAUUAUGGCCUAAAAAUGUGCUCCUUAGAACUGUGGGGUUUUUCCCAAGAGAUCUUUAAUUAUAAAAAUAUCACAGUCCCAGACAGAAAAUUUAAUUUUUCUGUGCUAUAGUAGACCAUAACCAAACAUCUUAAUCCUGAUACUGCUUUCUGAGUACUAGGUGCUACAUAGGUGUGGGGUCUUUCUGUUUAUGUUAUGAUAACAGGGAUACCUGCAGGGUCCGGAGCCCUACUGGGUAUCAGGAGACUCAGGUGUAUCCGCUGUCUCGGCCAUGUCUCUUCCUGCUUGGAGAAAGCUUGGGGGAAACUCAGAUUACUCAGCAUCUCUUUCUGGUGCUGCAUUGUUUAUUUCUCUUUGUUGCUGGUCCUACUCACUAUUAAUGCUACACCGCUGCUGAGUACACCAUACACAUUUCACUGCUGUUCUGGAGGCACCAGGGUAACUUACUAGGCACAAAACCAUGGUGGUUACAAAACAAGUUAAAUCUCUAUUGUUAACUUUUGAGCAUUUCACAAACAACAUUGUAAAUGUGCGAUGUUAUGUUUUAAAUCAGACCACAGUGGUCCCCAAAUACUAUGUACAUAUGGCAAAUGUCAGUGUAACUUUUUGUUACACUGGCAGUUUCAUAGGUAACCAAACCUAUGCUCCAAUGUUAAAUUAUUUGUGUGUAUAUGUAAAAUGCACAAGCUCUAAGCUAUGUGUAUGGAUCUGAAAGACGAUGCAACCACACCAGUCGUAAACAAUGGAUUAUUCUUACUUUUGGUGGUAUUAGGUUAUAUAGUCUCAAACUCGUUGCUGUAUUUUCUCUUGCACAUGCCAUUUCUCUUGCACAUUGUUUUUUGUGGUGCAAAUACUCCGUUUUAUUCAUUUGAGCUCAAAGCACAAGCAUUUCACUGUUUAAUGUUACCCAACAAGAGUUAGUGUUAAGUGAUGACAAGUUCCCAUUUCACCGCUAUACUUUUGCUGCAUUAAUUAAUGACACCCGGAUGAGGAAAUGUACCCUAACUUCAUUGCUCACCCUGAGAUACUGCAUGAACCCACUGAAUUUGAGCUACUCCUAUUAGAUAACUGAGCAGUACACAUAGGUGCAUGUUAUGAAACAUGAAUCACAUAGAGCUAUGGAGUUUUACCAAGAGGUAUGUGUGGUUUGUUUUUUUUUUUUUUUUUUCAUUUUCAUUUUUACUAUGCAAAGAUGGGAAAUACACAAACUUUUCAAAGAGUAAUAUCUAAAAAAACUUAAUACUUGAACCCUUUCUUUACAGUCAUCCCAUCAUAUUUUAUAAUCGUUGCUUCCAUCAUUAAUUUUCAUUUUUAAAUGGUUUGUAAUUUUUUAAGUGCACAACCUGAAGUUUUGUUUGAAGUUAACAGAUGUAUUCCAUAUCUUGUUUGCUGUCUAUGAAUGGAGAUUCAGUAGUCAUUGUAAGCAUCUUUUAGUCAACUGUGUAUUAAAACUUUCGUUAACAUAGAAUGUUGUAGCUUUAUACUUUGAUCAUUUUCUCAAAUCCUUUUUCCUGUGUUUUCUUGUAUUGUUGAUUAAAUGGCCAUGAGCCUGGUAUCAUCAAGAGUUUUAGUACCGAUCUCUCAAUCAAAGGCUCACUGAAAUUUUAAGCAAUGGAGCAAAAUAAAA